AUGGGCUUAUCCAACUCCAAAGACUCUCAUUCUGAAGUAAACAGUGGGGUUACUUCCCAGCUUUCUGAAGCCUUAAGGACUUCAAACUCUUCAAGAAUCCGAGAAAUUAUAACAGAAAACAACAUUAAUAUCAAUGAAUUAGUUUUCACAGUCAAUGACAUCGAAAUGACACCUCUAAUGUAUGUAGCUGCCUUUGAUAAAGCAAAGCUAAUACCUUAUCUUGUUAGAGAAAUGCAUGCAGAUGUUAAUAGAGACUACAAAGGAAACACUGUUCUCACCUUUUGUAUUAUCAAUAACUUGUCUGCAGGAUUUUAUGAAACAGUGCAAAUGCAAGAAACAAAUUUGAAUCAGUGCACAAGCCAAGGAAAAUAUGCAAUUGUAGAAGCAAGUAGGCAAGGAAAAGAUCCUGCAUAUUUUAUUGGCUUGGCUAAUAAAGGUGCUUCUUGUGAGCCACUUACUCCUCUCUCAAAAAAUAAUAGAACAUAGAGAAAUCGUAUUUUUGAGAAAUUAAACAAAGAAAUAAAAAAAAUUAUAUAUAAAAUAAUUAUUUUUUUUGACUCUAUAAUUUUUACUAAAUUGAAAACAACUAUAUAUAAAAAUCUGAAAAGCAAAAGAAUAUUCUUCUAAAAUAAUGUGAACAACAAAAAAUUCUGUUUAUUUAUCAGCACCAAGAGUCAGGAAUCUGCCUGGCUCUUUUCAAAUGAUAAGGGAAGCUCUUGAGCAUCUUCCAAACUCUAACAAUUAA